UUUUGUGGACCUUAUUUAUUCACCCUGUUGCUUUCUUGUUCUAUCCUCUCGUCACUUGAUUCUUCAUUACACUCAUUGAAUUGUAACAGAACAAGAGCAAUGGGCUCUAAAGUCAAAUCUCUCUCUCUCCUCAUUCUCCCAUUAGCCUUCUCUCUUUGUUUCUCUUCACUAUCAUCAAAACCAGCAGACCCAACUCCAGCUCCAUGGCCACACCAAUUCCACUCAAUACUCUUCAUGGAUAACAAUGGCUCACUUCAGGUGGUGGACCUCUGGUAUGACUGGACUAAUGGCCGCAACUUCAACAUAAUCCAGAACCAACUUGGAAAGCUUCUUUAUGACCUUGAAUGGGAUAAUGGCACCUCCUAUAUCUACACGUUAGACUCCAAUAAAGAAUGCAGAGUCUUGCAUUUCCCAGUUGGUGUUCUCCGCCCCAAUUGGCUUGAAGGUGCUACCCAUCUUGGCCAACAAGAAGUUGAUGGCUUCCUCUGCAAUGUGUGGCAGAAGGUGGACUUUAUUUGGUACUAUGAAGAUGUCAUAACAAAGAGACCUGUUUACUGGGUCUUUUACACAGGAAUGACUGCUCAUGUGAUGACAUUUGAAGUGGGGGCGGUGCUAGAGGAUCCGAAGUGGCAGGCUCCUGUUUACUGCUUUAAGGAGUCUGAGAAGAAGGAGAACACUGUCAUUAAAUCUGUGUCUUCCUCUCAGCCAACAAUCAACCACCGUCACAGCCCUCGCUCGUCCCUCAUCUGCAUUAUUUCCAUCAUCGACGACGUUCUUUCCACCAGCCACUGUGAGAAUCACAGUCCACACAACAACAACGGUCAACGACGUCUCUCCAGUCUUCACGAGCAACAGAAAGAUGAAUAUGAAAAUACUGAGGGAUUGCCAACUGAUGGAUCUGAAAGCACCGAGGGGUUGUUAAGAGAAGACCUGGGUCGCCUUGUUGCUUCGCGUUGGACAGGAGAAAAAACUGAACACCAAGUUGAGGAAGUUGAGGAAUUUUUUUUUAAUGUAUUUUAAAAUUCCUUAUGAUUUUUUUAUGAUUUUACGAUCCGUUUU